AUGGCUCCUCGCCCUGGACAAAACAUAUCUCUGACUAUCAUAGUAGCCGCUACGGCAAAAGAGCUUGGGAUAGGCAAUGCGGGCUCGCUUCCAUGGCGGAUCAAGCAAGAGAUGCAAUAUUUUGCACGCGUCACGAAGCGCGUCCCUCUCGAUUCAUCGACACAUAUCAAGCCCGAUUCCACUCGAUGUAAUGCGGUCAUUAUGGGGCGAAAGACCUGGGACAGCAUCCCACCUAAAUUCCGUCCUCUCAAAGACCGACUCAAUGUGGUCCUCAGCCGAAAUUCAGAAUUUACCAACGCACAGCCUGCCACGAGUACCAGCCUUGCCCAGGUCCGGUCUGAGCUGCCUACGGAUGAAGAUGCUACUCGUCGAACAGCGACAAACCCGAUCCGAUUGGGGCGUGUAUUCGUGAUCGGCGGCGCCUCAGUCUAUCACACCGCUUUGCAGCUUCCCCAGACGAAACAUAUUCUUCUUACCAAGGUUCACAAAGAAUUCGACUGCGAUACGCAUUUUCCAUUGAACCUGGGAAGCCGGGAAGCCAUAGAAUCCGGCUGGUUGCAGAAAAGCAAAGGCGAACUUGAAUCCUUCAUUGGGGAAGAUUUGCCUGAUGUUCUCGAGGAAGAAGGGGUUAAGUUUGAGUACUGUCUAUACGAGCGAGGAUGA